AUGGAAUUGAGGCCAGCAGCGGUCUGCCGGGAUUGCCUCUCUCUACUGCGCCAACCACGAAACGCUCGACGCAUUGCCCGCCCUCUCAUUCAGCAAUUCCACUCCUUGACAGCACCGGCAUAUCAGACCAAUCCAUCUUCGUCGAGAGCACGCCGAUCAAUACCGCGACAGACUUCAAGACGUCUUGCUGUGGACUCACAACGCCUUACUGCGGACUCACAAACACAACGCCGAGGUCUUGCAUCCGAACCGCGUGGACAGUCCGCCCCGGCGCGAUCCCUCGACCUCAAUGCCCUCCUUCGCCGCGUCAAUGAUCUAUCCGCGUCUGCAAUCAAGAUCGAGGAUGGCAGCCUACCGUCCGAACAACGCCUCCUCUACGUGUUUGAGCAAUUGAGCUCCAUAGCCCGCUCCAUCCUCGACGAGCGACUCCCCGAGACCGCAAACGCGCACCGUGAACAAAAGCAAAAGUCAAGCAGUGCCGGCUCCAAGCAGCAAGAGACGGCUACGUCAGCUCUACUCGGAAGCGUUAAUGCCACGCAAUAUCCCGCCUUCAUCUCCAAGACGAGCAUCUUGGUCUUGAUCAGUCAGAAAGCCGAAGAGAUUGUGCGACACCCAGACGUCUUCAUCACACCCGCCAUCCUCAAGCUCUAUGUUCAGCUACAGUCUCUCCUUUCCCAGCCUUCUAGCUUUCCGGAUGUCUUCGAUCUUUACGCUCGGAAGCCCGCGCCUAAGCUGAAAUCCACACAUGAAGUGGAAUACACGCCUGUCUCUCCUGACAAGAUCAACGCGGCCAUCGAUUCUAGCACUGCGAAUGCGGCCCUUACCGCCUCGAUUGACGUACACGACCUCCCACUGGCCAUCGACAUAAUCACAACCUCCUUCUGUACUCCCGCAUUCAAAAAGGCGAAGAUUUUGAGACAAGCAGCCUUUCCAAUGGCCGGUCUUUUUGUCGCACCCGCCGCGGCUUACACCCUCGCCACUUCCUUUUCUUCCCUCCAGCAGACUAUGGACCCUGCCAUGGCAACUCAAGUUGCAUUUGCCGGCAUCAUGACGUACGCUGGUGCUGUAGGUAUGGUGGGCUAUGUGGCUGUAACGACUGCCAACGACCAGAUGGACCGUAUCACCUGGGCUAGUGGAGUACCGCUCUGGGAGAGAUGGAUCCGUGAGGAAGAACGCGCAGCUGUGGACAGAGUAGCUGGAGCGUGGGGAUUCAGAAAUGUCGCGAAGCGAGGUGAAGAGGAAGGGGAAGAGUGGGAAGCUUUGAGAGAAUGGGUCGGUGUUCGCGGCAUGAUGUUGGACCGGGUCAGCUUAAUGGAGGGAAUGGAGUAG